AUGACGACGGAAGCCGCGUUGGCUUUCCGGCAGAAGGCCCUGUUUCAGAUGGUUAUUGAGGCGGUUGAGAAGGAUGCGGGCGAAGAUCUUCCCGGCGAUGUUCAGCAGGGAGAUGCCGCGGUGAGUGUCGCAGACUUGGCGAUUCCCUUUGCGCUUGUAAUAACAGUUUUAUCUUUGAGCGCAGAAAUGACACCGUCCAAACAAAUUUAAUGCCUAGCCAAUGGGUAAAAUGCAGAAAUUGCAUAACAGUAAGGGUUUGUGUGAACGGUCAGAUGUACGGUGGAAUUUAGAAAUUGUGCUACGUAAACUACGCAAAGAUUUUCGCGACAGUCGGUGAUUUGUCCUUUCGCACGUACUACUUUUGAUAGUGCAACUUUUUUGGAAGAGUUGGUGAACUCCGAAAAAAAAUAUUGUAAAAGGCUCUUAAAGUUGAAAGUGGGGAAGCAUUCAGGUAACGCUCGCUUUAAAAAAUCUUCGAUAGAACAACCCCCCGUGAAGAAAUAUGUAACAGAAAUAUGACUUUUUCCCGAGAGUAGGAUAACAUCAUAGAAGCCAAUGGGCCGUUGAAAACGCAGCCUCUCCCUGGUGCACCUGCGGAUGCUAGGUGAGGCCUGGACAUUACAGCGUUCAGAACAGAAUUCAACUGAAUGGUGGCAGCGAGUACGACGGACGUGUUUUACAACCUGCGAGUCAACAUGACCACGAUCCUGUUGUCAGGGAGGUCGGUUAGGGAGGAAAGCGUGUAUUGAGAAGGACUCGAUUUGUGACUGAAGAAUGGGAAUUCCUGGUGAGAUACCAUCAAAAGCGAAACCACAUGCGGAGCAGAAAAUGCAAGCCCAACGGUCCUUUUUCAGUGUCACGGAGAAAACUGCUUGCGAACGAAAAAAAAAGUUACUUGUGCCAGCGAUAAGAUAAGGGCGGUCUUUUCGUAAAACUAUAUAGACUAUUUGGUGAUUUAACGAGGAUUGACUGGUUGAUCCAAUGAAAAUUUUCCUUCAAAACAAAGGAGAGGAAGCGAUUACAGGUGGGGGAGGCGACAGUGGGUUAAAACGAAGGAGAAACGAUAAGGUUGAAUAGACAACUGAGAGGGGUAAAGGUUAAAAUCCGAGGAAUAUUUGGACUACCGAUAAAAGAGAACAAGCGAGUUGCCGGGAAAGGUUCACAAGAAGAAGAAGAAGAAGAAAAGGAAAAAGAAGGCGCUACCAUUGUAACAAGAGGGUUAUUAGCUCGACGUUUCGGAUUCUCACUCGAACCCAUUUUUAGAGACGGUCGCAGAUAAAGAUAGUAGGGGCACAAAGACUGCAGUAUUUAUAGUACGUAGCUUCCGUGGGGCCACAUGCGUACUACAACUAGCAGCUCUUGCGAUCAGCGCCGGGGAUCGUAGUUGAGGCGAUGAUGGUUCGUCAGGCCGCGUGGAAGUCGUUAACUGCUGCAAUUUCCUCAUUCGUGUUAGACGUCAGCGUGAUGACCGCUUGUCAAGUUGACCAGCUUUCACUGGUGUGUCGGACAGAAGACUUCUCUGGUAAAGUGCCUUUGCACAUUCUCAGUUUUAGAACGAUCGAAUUGCUUUAAAAUUGACUUUUAUACUUUAUUUAGAAUAUGACAGUGCAACCCUUGAGUUCGAUGCUGUUACCGUUUGCUCAGCAGCAGUUUGAGAGGAAGGACGGUGACCUGCACGUUCGUUACUUUUACUGGCAGUAG